AUGUCGGGUGCGCCGUGGGACUACAUCGCCAAGAUCGUCUGCAUCGGCGACUCGGGCUGCGGCAAGUCCAGUCUGACGAUCCGUCUAUGCGAGGGUCGGUUCUCCCCCCAUCACGACGUCACGAUAGGCGUAGAGUUCGGUUCGCGCAUCGUCCCCGUCGGACCCCCCAACUCUCGAAACUUUCGGAAAUCCACCCUCACCACCUCAUCCGAAGCAGAUGGUGAGGCCGGCCAGGCGGAGGAGGAGGACGGCGGUCUCCCCCAACCCCCCCGCGACACGCCCCAGAAGCACAUGAAGCUCAGCCUGUGGGACACGGCCGGCCAGGAGACAUACAAGUCCGUGACGCGCUCGUACUUCCGCGGCGCGAGCGGCGCCCUCCUGGUCUUCGACCUCUCGCGCCGCCAGACCUUCCAGCACGUCACCGACUGGCUCAGCGACCUCCGCCAGAUCGCCGAGUCCGACAUCGUCGUCAUCCUCGUCGGCAACAAGGCCGACCUCGCCCAGUCCGAUGACAACAAGCGCGAGGUCACCCGCGAAGAGGCCCAGCAGUGGGCCCGCCGCAACGGCGUCCUCGAGUACGUCGAGACCAGCGCCAAGAGCGGCGAGAACGUCGAGAAUGCCUUCGUCCGUGUCGCUGAGAGGAUAUACCAGAAUAUCCAGGCGGGCAAGUACGAUCUCAACGAUCGGAGAUCCGGCGUCAAGGGCCCCGGUCCGGGGGGCAAGGGGGGCCAGGUUAAACUGGGCAAUAAGUCGGCUCAGUCUUCUUCCUACGGAGGUUGUUGCUGA